GUUGGGAUCCAUCACUCUGAUGACAGCAAAGGAACAAGGACUUGGGUUGAUCUAGUGACAGACACGGCCAUGGCUAUGAGGGGACCCCACCCCUUGCUCCUGCUGCCCCUUGUCCUGCUGGUGGCCUGCCUGGUCCUGGCCAGUGGGCAGCCAUGUGUCGCGCAGAACAGACUGUUCAUUAAGCACCAUGUGAACAAUCCACGGACCCCAGCCCCCAAUCCCAGAGCCUACUGCAGCAUGAUGAUGAGGAGACGGGGAAUCUAUGGGAAGCUGAUCAACACCUUCAUCCAUGCGUCCAUCCCGUCUAUCAACAAUGUCUGCUUUGGGGGUGGGACACCCUUCCCAAGUGGUCUGCGCUGGAGCAACCGUUCCUUCGCCAUCACCACCUGCAUAUACAACUCGUCGAGCCGCUCCUAUACCGGGACAUACCUUUCCUCGAGAAGUCUCAUCCGCUGCUGCCAGGGGCGCCCCGUGUACUAUGAGGAGCGGAUUUUGCUUCCACCCAGGAUAUAGAGGGCAGCCACAGGACCCUGCUACUUCCCCUAAGCCCGGUCUGUCACUUACACACAGGUCACGGCACCUGGCUCCUCACUAGCCUCUAAACACUGAUCAAAUUGUUUAGGCGUUUCCAUUCCUCAGCCUAGUCUAUACAAUAUAACCUCACCUCUGAUCCUCUGCUGCCUCUAGGGCCCAUUAAACAGUGUCGCCACUAAUUCUCCACCCCCAACCUCUGCUGCCCCUAGUGCCCAUUAUACAGUAUAGCCGCCCCUUCCUCCCCCCGACCCUCUGUUUCCCCUAGUGCCUAUUACACAAUAUCAUCACUCCUUACUUAUCUUGUACUUCCUGCUGCCAUAUAAUGGCCAUCUCAAAAAAAUUUGUUUAAAUAAGAAAUAUCCACAAAUUUGACACUUCUGGUAUUGUGCAUUAAGUCUAACAAUGAGGAAUCCUCAUAUUCAUUAUGGUUAAGUGUUACUGGACACUUCAAUAUUUUGCCCCUUUCUGCAGUUCCCUGUGCUUCCUAAACUCCAUAAAGCCUGACACCUGAAAAGCAAUCGCUGUCUUGUGUUACAUUGAUGAUAGCAAGAACAUUCACCCACUGAACACUUAAGGAGUGUGCUGGAAAUGUGUUGUCAUAGUCAAAGGCUCCCGGAACAAGACAGGCACAAAUAUAAAUAGAUAGUGAGAGAAGGAUGUGUCAGGAUAGAUGGAUAGAGAGAGAGAAACGAAUGUGUCUGAAAAUGGAUGGAUAGAGAGAAAGCAAUUUUUAUACCAAUUUCCCAUGCAACCCCCAGUCUGGAUUCAGCUGUACCAGUAGAACCACGGAUCACACCAGUUUGUUUUAAUCUUCAAUAUUGACAGCCACUAGCCAUAGUAGUAUCAGCACCUUUCUAGUGGUAUUCAGUGCCAAAAAUGGA